GUCCGCUCCGUCACAAUGAAGCUCUCCGUCUUGUCGCUGCUGGUAGCUCUGUGCGCCGCGCAGACGCUCUGCUACGUGCUGGACGUCCCGGCAGCCCCGGACGUGGUUCUGGGGCCCGUGGACGAGGCCUCCAGCACGGAGGCGGCACCCCUGGAAGGCGGCGAGGAGGCGCAUGCGCAGAGCGAGCAGCUGGUCGUCACGGGAGCCUGGCCGACCAAGGUGCUACCGCUGCCGCGCAUCCUCAGCAGGGUAGCCGGUAGGAGGGUCUACUCCUCCUCCAGGUCCCUCUGUCCCCCGGGACAGCUCCCUGACAGGCUCGGCAUCUGCAGGGAUAUCUGGUGACGCGCUUCACGAGGGCUACCGGGGCGCCGAUCGCGGCAGCCGAACCUCACACUGAACGCUCGUGGGCGCUGCCAGACGAGACUGUCUGCAUGCAGAAAGCAACGGCGUGGUCCAGCCGCUGCCAGUUAUGUGAUCAACGUUAUGUGACCCACAUUAUGUGAUCAACGGAAAUCACAACACAACAUCUUCAAUAUCUCCUGUUGAUUGGUGCCUUUUUAUACUCUUUGUAUUCAUACUGGAAGGAAUUUUGUAAAUAAAGUACACGAAAAGUCUAUGUUUAAA